CUCGCUCCAAUAUGGCUGCCCCCAGGGGAGGCGAAGGCCAACGUAAACUGCAGACCCCAAAUCCCUCUUCGCAUGGAUCGCAGCGCGGAGUUCAGGAGAUGGAAGGCGCAGAGUCUGAACAAGGCGGACCUCAGCCGGAAGGGCAGCGUGGACGAGGGUGUGGCUGAGCUUGUGCAGCUCCUGAAUGCGCGAGAACAGUAUUUUACCACCAGCUCCUGCGCUGGCCGCAUCCUCCUCCUGGACGGGAAUAUAAAUGGCUUUGAGGUUCAGAAACAAAACUGUUGCUGGCUGUUAGUUACGCACAAACCUUGUGUGAAAGAUGAUGUGAUUGUAGCUCUGAAAAAAGCAAAUGGAGAUGCCGUUUUGAAGUUUGAACCCCUUGUUCUUCAUGUGCAGUGUCGACAAUUGCAGGAUGCACAGCUUCUGCAUUCAGUGGCGAUAGAUUCUGGUUUCAGGAACUCUGGCAUAACAGUGGGAAAGAGAGGAAAGACUAUGUUGGCUGUCCGGAGCACACAUGGCUUGGAAGUUCCAUUAAGCCAUAAGGGAAAACUGAUGGUGACAGAGGAAUAUAUCGACUUCCUAUUAAAGAUAGCAAAUCAAAAAAUGGAGGAAAACAAGAAGAGAAUUGAAAGGUUUUACAGCUGCCUACAAUGUGCUUUGGAAAGGGAAACUAUUACUGACUUACAUCCCAAAGAGAAAAUCAUCGUGAAAAAUAAUUCAUAUUCUCAUAAGAAAAAAAGAAACCGAGAAAAAGCAAGUGGCAAAUGUGUUACUGAAGAAAAUGAUAAAAAACUUGAAAGUGAUGAUGAUCCAGGAAUCAAUGUUACUCUCUUCCCUGAAGAUUACUAAGAUUUGGUUCUAAAGUGUCUUUGGUAGAAUAUGUUUCUAAUAAUUAUUAUAAAGCUGCUCUUUAUAAGAGUGUUUUAGUUCAUUGAGUAUAUCAGACAUUCAGAAAAGCAAGGUUUAAUUUUUUUUUUAAUUUUUAAAUUUUAUUUUUGUUUAAAAUAUUACAGAUGCUCCUUUUUCUCCCCAAUGACCCGUAUUUUAGAGACACCCAUCUUAUAAACAUAGAUGCCUUUUUAAAGUAGCUGUGUGUGAUGUUUGCUCAUUAAGUACCAUCUUUUAAAUCACGGAAAUUCAUUACAAAAAUAAAAUUACAAUUUUUAAUGCA